AUGGGCUCCAUCUCGGAUUCCGCGUCCUGGGAGGAGCUUGGGUUUGAUCCCAAAGCACUAAAGCAAAAGUAUAGGGAAGAGCGUGACAAGCGUUUGCGCCGCGAAGGAUUGGCCCAGUACCAUACGGUUGAAGAGAGCGCUUUACAACACUAUGUGGACGACCCGUGGAGCCAGCCUACGGCACGAGACGUCGUCGAUCAAGAGGUAGAUUACCUCAUCAUCGGGGCGGGAUAUAGUGGAAUGAUUCUUGCGGUACGACUCUAUGAGGCGGGCAUCAAGAACGUCAAGAUCAUCGACAAGUCGGGGGAUUUUGGCGGCACCUGGUACUGGAAUCGGUAUCCUGGAGCGGCGUGCGAUAUCGAAGCGUACAUCUACAUGCCGCUGCUCGAGGAAACUGGCUACAUUGCCACGGAGAAAUACGCUCGCGCUCCUGAACUCUUUGAGCAUUCGAGACGAAUCGGCAAGAUGUAUGGUCUGUAUGAUCGUACUCUCUUCCAUACCGAGGCUUUAAGCUUAGAAUGGAACGAAGGUACCAGACGGUGGAGCGUGAUGACUAACAGGGGUGAUCAUAUCAAGGCCCGCUUCAUCACCACUGCGGGCGGCCUCUUACACAAGCCCAAGUUACCGGGUGUCCCAGGCAUCACCUCGUACAAGGGACACAGUUUCCACACCAGCCGGUGGGACUACGCAUACACCGGUGGCGAUUCCCAGGGCAACCUCUACAAGCUCUCAGACAAGCGUGUCGGCGUGAUCGGCACCGGGGCUACAGGAGUCCAGGUCAUUCCCCAUGUUGCUAAGUGGGCGAAGGAGCUCUACGUGUUCCAGCGCACACCUUCGUCCGUCGAUUAUCGUCUAGAUCGACCCACAGACCCAGUUUGGGCCAAAAGUAUUGAGGGUAAGAAAGGCUGGCAACAGCAUCGAAUGGAUAAUUUUAACAAUAUCGUUUCUGGCGAACCUGAGGAAAAUGAUGAGGUCGGCGAUGGCUGGACUGAUAUCCUCGUCAAUCUGUCCGUGUCCGGCAGCAAAGUGGCGGAGAGCAAGCGGGCGGCCGACCCCAUUAAAGCCGCGCAGGAGCUGGCCAAGGCUAUGCAGAUGGCCGACUUCCGCAAGAUGGAAACAAUCCGAGCUAGAGUCGACAGCACGAUCAGGGAUCCAGCGACCGCCGCGGCCCUAAAGCCGUGGUACAACCAGAUGUGUAAACGGCCCACCUUCUCCAAUGACUAUCUUCCUGUCUUCAACCGGCCAAAUGUACACCUGGUCGACACUGAGGGACAGGGGAUCGAGCGGAUCACAGAGAAAGGCAUUGUCGCGAAUGGCAAAGAGUUCGAAGUUGAUUGCAUCAUAUACGCCUCUGGAUUCGAGUAUGUUGGCAGUGACUACAGCCAACGGAUGCGCAUCACUAUGCGCGGACGCAAUGGCUUGACGCUCCAGGAGCACUGGGAGAAUGGCCCCGAGACCUUCCACGGUAUCUACACACGAGGCUUCCCAAACCAUUUUAUCAUGAGCAUCAUGCAAACCGCUGUUGCCCCGAACUUCACACACAUGCUUAACGAGCAAGCCAAGCACAUUGCCUAUGUUGUCGCGGAGGCCACGCGGCGUGGCGCGACACUCGUCGAAACUUCUGAGAAGGCGGAGCAGGAUUGGGUUCGCACCAUUAUCGACCUGGGCCGGUUGCGCGAGGACUUUUUGCGCGAAUGUACGCCCAGUUAUUACAACGACGAAGGUCAGCUGACAGAGAAGACGUUGAAGACUAGUCGCUACGGCUUGGGCUCGCCGACUUUCAUCCGGCUCCUGGAAGCCUGGAGGAGAGAAGGGUCACUUGCCGGCCUGGAGCUGGAUGGCGCGUCAGCGAAGCCUAUUCCACCUCCGUCGACGCAAGAGUUAGAUAGAGGCAUCCCGAAAAUCAACAUUGACGUGACUUUCGGGGCUACCGCGGAUGCAAUUGUGGGUGUUAUAUAG